AUGGCGAAAACAAAGGCGAAGAUUCAGGGGAAGUCGAAAUCUGCUGCAAAGAAACCAAAGAAAAGAGGUCCAACCUCUACUUCAGAUGUUCAAAAAACAAAAACCAUGGAAGCUGUGCUUGGCAUCGAGCCGAUUGAUUUUUCAGAUGAAGAAGAUGAAGGUGCGGAGGUUCCUGCUGCUGGUCCGAAACUUGUUGAGCCUGCAUUGCGCGAUGGGCUUCCAGAGCCUCUGUCACCCAACUCAUCCUUGCGAGAUAUACAGCGACAGGAGGAAAUCAGAUCGGAUUUCGCAGUUUUUUUAGCUGCUAAUCGUCAAUGUGUUACGAAUAUUUUGCAAGGUAAAUCUGAUACUCCUCCAAUUCUGAGAUCAGGAAUAGUAAUAAGAAAUUUAGGUAAUUCGUUUACGAAUGCUGAGAAAGAGCGUAAGGUCAAAAUCACAAUGGAAGAUAUUGAGGAAGAGGUAGCUUUUUGGAAUUCUUCUAUGGUAUGCUAUGUGCUUGGUGCUAACCCACCACUGUCAAUUUUUGAGGGUUUUAUUAGAAGGAUGUGGAAAGAUAAAGUAGAUAAGGUUGGGCUGCUGUCAUAUGGGGUUUUCCUUAUUCGAUUUGAGACCAUUGAAGACAGGGAUGAGGUGCUCAAUGGUGGAUACAUCUUCCUCAACAAGAGGCCUAUGGUGAUGAAGGCAUGGGAUCCUAACACUAACUUCAAGAAAGAAGAUGUCCGAACGGUACCGAUAUGGAUUCAAAUUUCUGAUUUAGAUUUGAAAUAUUGGGGUGAGAAAUUGCUGUUCAAGAUUGUUGGGCAAUUGGGGAAACCUGUGCAGGUGGAUUUAGUGACUAAAGAACGUAAUAAACUCAAUUUCCCAAGAGUCCUCAUCGAAGUUUCUCUCAAACAGGAUUUUCCGGAACUCAUUUAUUUUGAAGAUGAAUAUGGAUGCAAUGUCUCUGUAUCGGUCAUGUACGAAUGGAAGCCUAUUGUCUGUGGCCAUUGCAAAGGCAUGGGACACACAACAGAUAUUUGCAGAAAGAAAGAAGGAAGGAAGCAACAAUGGGUUGUCAAAGAAGCUGUUAAGGAAGCAGCAACUAACCAAGCUACCCAGGAACCGAAAGUAUAUGCUGAUGGUUUCCAACAAGUCACUAAAGGAAGGAAGUAUAAGGAUAAAGAAUCUGUGAUGGAAACACAAAAAGAUAAUUCCUUUCAAGCAUUAGCUGAAUUGCCUGGUUCCUCGAAUACUGUAAGUGAGGGUGUUGUUGCAGAAGACAUGGUUGGAAGGAAGCAGAAAUCAAAAACUAAAUCGCAGAAGCUCCCUGAGCAGAUUCCGAAAACAGCAGACUCCGCUGAGUUAGAUACAUGA